AUGGUUAACGGCUACAUCGUUCAUCCGUUUACUUUGCAUCAAAUAAGCUGCUUCGUUCAACAAGAUCCGGUCUAUUAUCCACAACUCACCUUCGAAGAGCAGCUGUACUUCACGGCUCAAUUCCUCUUGGGAGAUCGUCCUCAAGAAGAGCGACUGGAGCGAAUUCGCUGGGUGUUUGACCCAAUCAUUUAUCACUUGAAUUUGAAAGAACUCGCGUCUCGUUCCAUCGGGAACGGGAACAAGGGAGGUUUAUCGAAUGGAGAUAAACGAAAGCUUGCGAUUGCAUGCAUGCUGCUUUACGAUUUGCCGUAUCCGUUGAGGAACCGAUUUCAGAAAUAG